AUGGCCGCGGAUCAGGCCGGCGACGGGGCGGACCACAUCAGCGGCCUCCCUGACGAGCUCCUCAACGGCAUCCUUGUCCACCUCCGCUGCACCGCCGAGGCCGCGCGCACCAGCGUUCUCUCCCGCCGCUGGCGCCGCGUCUGGACCACCCUCCCCGAGCUCUACUUCUGCGACGAGCACGAGGCGGCGGAGCCCGUGGUCCGGGCGCAGGACCGCGUCGACGCCGCCCUGGACGCGCUCGCCGCGGCGACUACGGUCAGCCGCCUUGAGCUCAAGAUGCCCUACUCGUCCAGCCACGUCGCCCCGGAGCGUGUCUCUUCCUGGCUUCGGUUCGCCUCGCGGCGCCUGGCCGGCGAGCUCCACCUCUUGCUGCCGUGCGGGCACGGGGGCGACGGCGUGAAGGUUGAGCCCGAGCAGCGGCGCGUCGCGGUCCCCGUGUGCGCCGGGGCUACGGCCAUCUCGUUCCACCACGUGAUGAGCCACACCCUGAGGUUCCCGCCGCCGACGCCUGCCGGCGGCGCGUUCACGGCGCUGGCCACCCUGUGCAUACUGCAGGCUCGGGUGGACGGCCCCGAGCUGGAAGGCGUCCUGUCCUCCGCCUGCCCGCGCUUGAAGAAGCUCGCCCUGUUGGGCAUCUAG